CCAGUGUAGAGCUCGUGCAGCAGCCGUCAGCACACUUAUUUUGCUCCGACGAAACAUCGGAGUGCUCGUUGCACGAGUUACAAUUCCAUAUCGCGCACCAAUAAAUAAAUACAGGGGGUAACUAUAUAUACCCUUAUACUUGUACGAAUUUUACACUUUCAUUGGAAUAUACACCCUGGGGAGGCGCGAUUCGGUGGUUGUGUUCGCGUAUUUGAUUUUUUUCUUUUCUUUUCUUUUGUUCUUCCUCAUUCGAAUGGGGUUAAAAUCCAACAUUUUCGGUGAUACGUGCAGCCGCUACGGGGGGUGGUGAGUCGCGUGUGCCACAACGGGGGCGGAGGAGGAGUGGUAUAGUACGUAGUGUCGAAGCCAUCGGCCAGCAUGUGGAGUCCAACGCACGUCCAGGUGGUCGUUCAACGCGCCAAAGGUCUCAUUACCAAGGGAAAAAAGAACACAAACGACUGUUUCGUGACGAUCGCCCUGGGAAAGGCCAAGUACCAGACCUCGGUAAAGGAGAAGGCCGAGGAGAAUGUCGAGUGGCACGAGGAGUGCGAGCUCCCGAUACCCGAGCAGGGCAACACCGCCGAGAUCGUGCUCACGGCCCUCCACCGCAACUUCCUCGGGGUCGACGAGUUCCUCGGCACCGUGCGCAUACCCCUGUCCAGCUUCGACAUCUACGAGAUGCCCAAGAACCGAUGGUACGAGCUGACGAGCAAGCCCGGCAAGGAGAACACAAAGGAGCGGGGCCAGCUGGAGGUGCGAAUCGGUUUCGUCGUGCGAGCCGGCAGCCUUACCGAUCUCACGAAAAAGGAGAAGCACAAGAGCUCGUUGGGCCAGCUGUCAACGGCGGCCCAGUCGAUGCUCGGGGGUAGCCUGUUGAGCGUCGGCAGCGGGGAAAAGCGCAAGGGACUGAAGAAACUCGCCAAGUCGAUCGGCAGCCGGGUCAGGGGCAAGAGCCGCAGCAAGGGCAAGCUCGACGACAUCUACGACGAGGAGGAGUUCAGGGUAGGCGACAUCAGGCCCAGGACGGCCGGCCAGGAGCACGGGGACGCCGACCCCGGGGUCAUUAGCGACGAGGACGAGUUUACGUUUGACGAUCUCUCGCACAAGAGCUCGACCUCGUCCCUCAACUCGUCCCGGUCGGCAGCCACGGCCAACAGCAACUGGAAAACGAGCGACAACCAGACCAACAACUCCAAUCCACGGGAGAACACCACCACUGCCAACAGUGGGACGACAACGACGCAAAACACCGGUAGCACGCCUCCCUCGAAACCACCGCGGUUCGGUCUGAGCGUCAGCUCGCUGAAUCUGUCGAGCAAGCAGGAGAGCAAGCAGCAGGUCAUCCCACAGAAAGCCGUGGAGGACGAGUGGGGCCAAAAGCUGUCGGGUGGUAUGCUCAAGAGGUGGGACAACAAACGGGGGAGCCCGAAAAUCGUGGUGGAGGAGCCCCCGAGGGAGGAGACGACAACUACAGCGGCACCGGUGGAGGUCGGGUCGGAGCGCGGUGGUUCGCCGGUAUCGAGGCUGAAGGGUGAGAUCAGCGAGUCGCCGGGCCCGGGGCGCAAGGGACACCUGUUCCGCAAGGACAAGGACAAGGACAAGUACAAGGUGGUCGAGCACAAGGCCAAGCAAAAGUCCUCCGCGGAGAGGAUAAUCAUCGGGGGUGAGGAGUCGGCGAGGGUUGUCGAUGGCGGUGGAGGGAGGAGCGGUGGUGGUAGGCUACCGCGGGAGAUCGCCGAGCAGUUCCAGGGCAAGUCGCGCGAGGAUCUCAUAGAGUUGGUGAUGCAGCUGCAGCUCGACGUUGCGGAUAAGAAGAAGCGGCUGCACGACAUGGAGGAGUACAUAGACAGCCUCCUCCUGAGGGUAAUCGAGAGCUCGCCCAAGCUGCUGCAGAAUCCUUACCAGCCCUCGCGCCGGUUGUCAUCCCCCGGUCGGCAGUAGGACAUUGCCUCUCGCGUCUCCGAGCUUGUACAUAAACAUAUUAUAUUAUAUAUCACCGGAGACAACGGUGCAUCCGUCCAUACAUCAUGUAGCAUACAUUCCGCGGCGUUCUCCGAAUGUGCCUUAAAAACUCAUGAAAGUAUUUUUUUUUUUUUCCCACGGACGAAAAGAAACAUUUUAUCGACGACGCGUCGUUUGAGCUUUGUCGACCAUCAUUCUCGUACAGGCUCCUGCAGAGUAAUUGUUUUUUUUUUUCCCCGCAGCGACCGACAAGAGUAUAACUAUUAUUAUUAAUUAUAUGUAAUACAUAAUAUAUAAAUAUAUUUUAUUACGUUGACUAAUGUAGUGAUUGAUCGCCGAAGCGUGACACGGUGAUGAUGAAUGAAAAUAGAAAGAAAACAAGAAUAGAUGAUUGUAAUUAAAAUUAAAUUGAUCGUUAACUCAAAAAAACACUUGUUAUGUUUAUUGUGUUUCCCAGAUUUUGGUUAACAUGUAUCGUUAGUAUUAUUUAUCGAACUUGACGUAGAUAUUAUAUCAUGUGAUUUUGUAUUUAAAUAAAUUAUCUGGGAUGUAAAUUAUCGGUGUUUAAUAACAACGAAAAAUGCCA